CCUCUUCUGGAUUAUAAUUGAAGGCUUCUGGCCGGGAGAGCCUGCAUUUGAUCUCUGCAAACCCAGAGACCACCUCGCCGUGAUGGAAUUCACUGGAGGAGACGUUUACCAGAAGGAAUUCGAUCCCAAAGUUUACUUGGAAUAUUUUCAUUAUGGGAAAGGGUCUGUGGAAGAUGAAUUCCUGGAGUUUAUUUUGAAAUGCUUUUGCAAAAUCUUUACUUCAGGAGUCCUGAAAGGUGGCACCCUGAUCGAUAUUGGCAGUGGGCCCACCAUCUAUCAGCUGCUCCCUGCUUGUGGGUCGUACGAGAACAUCAUAGCUACUGAUUAUCUGGAGCAGAACUGCCAGGAAAUUACAAAAUGGCUGAAGAAGGAGACGGACGCUUUUGAUUGGUCCUCGGUGGUGCAGUAUGUGUGCCAGCUGGAGGGGAACAGGGAGACGUGUGCGGAGAAGGAGGCCAAGCUGCGAAGAAGCAUCAAGCAGGUCCUCAGGUGUGAUGUCCUUCAAAGCAACCCACUGGCUCCCAUCUCUCUGGCCCAGGCUGAUUGCCUUCUGUCCACAGAGUGCCUGGAGUCGGCCUGCAAAGACCAGCCGAGUUUCCAGGCCGCCUUGAAGAACCUCAGUUCUCUGCUGAAACUCGGGGGACACUUGAUACUCGGUGGGGUUUUAGGGUGCACGUUCUACAUGGUGGGCCCUCAAAAGUUCUCCAGCAUGUUCUUCACAGAGGAAAUACUAAAAACCGGCCUCAGCGCCACUGGAUUUGCCAUUGUAGAGUUCACUGUGGAGCCCAGAGUUUUUAAGACCAAUAUGGAGGACUGUGAUUUCUCCGGAAAAUACGUCAUUCUUGCCCGCAAGGACAAGGAAGUGUGAACUCUGUGGCUUUAUUGUAUCCUAAAAGCCACAACAUCACUUUGGAUCUGAAAGGUGCUUGCCCCAAGCCCAUCUCUACUGCAGUCUCUUCUCAGUUUUAGCUUUCUAAGUGUCACAUGAAGGUCAUAAUAACCCAUUUCAUUGGGAGGUCACACUCCAACAAAGAUGGAAGGAGUUAAAAUAAAACACUUUCUAAAAGAAA